UUUUUCAUCUCUUUUUUUUUCUUUUUUUUUAAAAAAAAAACCUAUUGAUUUAAUUAAUUUCCGGUUCGAAUUACUUCACAAAUACUAGCUCACCCCUUUUUUUUAAAAAAAAAUGUCUACAACAACUAAACCGACUAAAGCUAAUGAAGAUAUGGAAACAAUUAAAUCUAUCGGGAACCCAUUUGAAAAUCGAAAGAAAAUGGAAGACAAAAUUGUUGGCAUGUUAGUUCCAAAUAGGUCUUCAGAAGAUCAAUAUAAGAAUUCAGGACCUGGCAAAGGUUUAAUACAUUAUUUGACGCAUCCAAAAGAAUUACGAGAUGAACACCCUGUAUGGCAUUAUUUCUACUUAUGUGCCUUAAUAUUUGCAGCAUUCGUUUCAUUAUUUAUUGGACCUGUUAUUUUUGGAAUGUUGGCAGCAAUUGGAGGUUUUGGAACUCCGUUUAUUUUAUCAAUGAUGGGAAGCGGAAUUGGUUUAUUAUUGGGGUUGGUAUUUGGCGUUAUUUUCGCCGUAGUCUGUAUUGUUGCUUUGGUUAGAGCUGUUGGUUUAGCUGCUGAGUGGGUUUUAGACACUCUUUGGUAUGGUGGAAAUGAUUUAUUGGAAUUGACGAAAGAAAGAGUCUUGGCAUUGAUUAAUGAUUCAAAUUGAAAUUCUAAACAAUAUAGAUAUAUAUAGUCGUUAUUUAAAAAAGUACUUAUUUCAUAUGUAUCUUUUAUAUUUUUUUACCACAUUUGUGGCUGGAUGAAUUUUUUUAUUGAUAUUUGUUAAAACGCAUAUGAUUUAUAAUUUCUUUUUCUACAUAAAUAAAAAAAAAAAGGUUUUAUCAAUUGGAAAUAUUCU